AUGGGAACCUUGGACAAGGACGACGAGACGGGCGAGGACCUCAAGGCAGCCUGCCAGUUCAUGGAGCAGCUCCAUGAGGCCUUGGGGGAAGUGACCGGUGAGGCGCAGCAGCACAGCGAGCGCUUCCUCAACUUCGAUACCGACCUGUAUUCGCCCUUGGCCGCCGAUCAGGGACGCAGGACCGGCACGGCAGACCCCUUGAUCCGGAGCGAGCCCGACUUCUGGGGUUCGAAGACACUUGGAGGGGUGACUGUUUCCCGACUCCCGCGGCUGGCAUUUCUUUAG